GUUGAUGAAGGCAGUGCACAUGCAAAGCUCCCCGGACAUUAUCACAAGCUCAUGCGCCCUUCCAAUUACCAAUACCUACCUGACUUAGUAUCGUGUCCUCCCGCCCAGACUCCACCAAGAUAAUAAUAGUACUACUCUACUUGCCCUGUCUCGUCUUAUCAUUAACACCAUUAUCGCAAUGACCAAAGUGACGCUGCAAGACCCGACUCCUCACUCAACACCAGACGGGACUGACCUCACCCACCUGGACCCAAUCCCGUCCUACGAAGGAUCCGUCUCGGCCCCCCGGCCCAACGCCCUGCAGAUCCUGGGCGCGACCUGGGGCGGCGUAACAGUGACGCCGGACAUCCAGAAGCUCGUCGGCACCAGCGACAAGCUCACGCUGGACAUGCGCACCCUGCACCGCCACCUGCACCCCGACCCAGCGCCAGGCAAGACCAAAGUCCUGACCAUCCUCUACCGCUUCCAAGACGACGACUCAGACUCGGACUUGGACAAUCAAUUCCGCCUCUUCUCAGCCGCCGAAACCGCCCAGCCGCCCAAGCUAACUAUCGCCCGGCACGCGCACGCCUCCAUCCAGAACUCCUCCACCCACUCGGGAGGAGAAAAUGGACACGGAGGACGGAACCGCUUCUUCUACCACGAGACGCUGCCACGGCCGUGGCGGGCGGGGCCGCAGGGGCAGGUCGAUAUCCUGGCCGUCAUGUACGGCCCCGCGCGGAUUGAGACGCCCUCGGUGCUGUCGGUGCUGAGCAACUACUUUGAGGGCAGGUGGGGCCAGGUGCGCAUGAACAAUGCUUUUUUCGGAACGGAUCCGUGGCCGUACGAGAGGAAGACGUGGGCCGUGUAUUUUCGGUUCGUGAAUGGGUCCAGGCGGGUGCAGGUGGUGACUGGGUGGGAGGACGGGGCGUUGGAGGUGCCGUGGACGAGGGAUUAGCGUUAAGAGAAUUGAUACCGUAUAGGUGGAGAGUUGCGGUGAGGUUUGCUCCUAUGAUUUGGGGCUCUAUUUUCAUACUUGUACUGCGGUGAGAAGGCAUGGGGGUGUGGGUUCGGUUUUUGGGAGUUGCGAAGGGAGUUGUGGCUUGUGCUUUGCAUGAUCCCUCUGUGGUUCAAGGACGAGGUCAAACUUACACCUGGACAAAACUCGAGAACUGAUAACUGUAGGGUAACCUCGCAGCUACCUUAUCUGAUGAACUAACUUCAUGCUGAACACUGCUCCGCCAUCCAUGCGUACAAGUACUGGGUCAAUGUCUUAACCGUGCCUUCAACACUACACCUCCCGCAGCAGAUACACUCAGCUCGACACCGCAUGCCUCGUCCCAGGCGCAUCCGCCACGACCGAAGCCCCACGUAUUUGGCA